UUCGAGAUGUACAUCUUUGGGCUUGGAGAUGAAUUUGCAAUUAUAUUAUUAUUAAUCUUUGGGUUUUAUAAAUUUACUCAAUUUUUUGUGUUUUUGCUAUUAUCAACAUUGUCUUUAAUUCUUUGGAUAUGGCAUUUAUACGACAAAAAACAAUAUUGGCAAAAACUUGGAGUGCCGUGUUCUCCUACAAAUAUUUUUGUAGGGCAUAUGCUCGAAGUAAAAUCCAAAGGUGGAGUAAUACAAUUUGAUAAAGAAAAUCGUGAAAAAUUUGGGAAAACAUAUGGAAUGUAUCUUCUCGAUAUGAACAACCUUGUUACAUCGGACAUGGAUUUAAUCAAACAAGUUUUCAUUAAGGAUUUUGUUCAUUUCCCGACACGUUCCGGCUUUCCGCUUACUCAAAAUAAAAAGAUUAUACAAAAUAGUUUGCUUAGAAGCAUGGUUUCAGUUGUUCAAGGGGAUGAUUGGCGACGUGUUCGUAAUACUAUAACGCCUGCAUUUACUGCAGCUAAGCUAAAGAAGAUAAUUCCAACUAUAUCCGAAAGCAGUAAUGAAUUAAUUAAUUACAUUUCUUGUAAAUAUGUUGUAACAAACGAAGAAAUACCUUUGAAGGAAAUUUUUGGUCUUUUUACUAUUGAUGUGAUAGGUCGUUCUGGAUUUUCAUCAGAUUUUAAAACAUUUUCUGGGGAGGAGAAUGAAAUAGUUAAACAAGCUUUGCUUUUUUCAAACGCAACAAAAAAGAUGGCUUUUUUUGCCGUUCUGACAUUUUUCCCUUCGAUAAAAGAGUUAUUAGAAAAUUACUUUUCGAUUGAUUUAUGGGAUAUGCCUGCACAAAAGUAUUUUCAUGGUCUUAUGUCCAAAUUGUAUGAUGAACGUAAAGAUGAUCCUGAAGCAAAGGAUAAAUUCAAUGACAUUUUUCAAUUACUCAUGAACGCUGUAAAUGAUUCUGAAAUUGAAGAUAUUACAAUGGAACAAACUACUAAUGAAAUAAAUAAUAAUUUGAUAGCGAAACAGAAUGAUAAAUAUCUCAGCAAGAUAGAGCUUUUUGCCCAAGGGUUCAUGCUUUUAAUUGCUGGUUAUGACACAACAGCUUCCGUUUUACAAUUUGCAGCCUAUAUGCUUGCAAUGCAUCCCGAAGUUCAAGAAAAAUUGCGAGAAGAAAUUAAUAGUGUGCUUGGGAUAGAUGAGGAUAUUUUAUAUGAACAUUUAAAAAAGAUGGAUUAUCUUCAAGCGUUUCUGCAAGAAACGCUAAGAAUGUAUCCACCAGCUCCAGUUUCAAAUCGUGCUUGCAAUUCUAAUCUAACUCUAAACGGAAUUAAUUUACGUGAAGGAGACCUCGUUUCUAUACCGAUUUAUUCUAUUCAACACAAUGAAGAAUUCUACCCCGAACCUGAAGAAUUUAAGCCAGAGAGGCAGUGA